CGUUGUGUGAUUAACUACAAUCUGCUUCUUGGGAAGAUGGCUACGUGGUGUAUCUGGUUAUAUCUCACUGUAAUUGUCUUCUCGGCAAUUCUGGUAUCGCAGGCUUCCGCCUACACCAAUCCUCUCGAUGUCAAAGCCCUUCAAGGCCUGUACAUAGCACUGAACGGCCCACCACAGCUCAAGGAAUGGAAAUCAGUUGGCGGGGAUCCAUGCGAAGAAUCAUGGAUAGGAGUUUCAUGUUUUGAGUCAUCAGUUAUACAAAUUAAACUUAAUGGCCUAGAGCUCAAUGGAACUCUGGGGUUCCAACUCUCAGAUCUCCAUAAUUUGAAGCAACUGGAUGUUAGCUCCAACAACAUUCAGGGUGAAAUUCCAUACAGCUUACCUCUUAAUGCCACGCAUAUAAAUUUGGCAUGCAACAAUUUCAGCCUGUAUAUUCCCUACUCCUUGACUUUAAUGAAAAAUCUUCGCCAUUUGAACUUGAGCCACAAUUCGCUAUCUGGACCUGUCGGGAAUGUAUUCACUGGCCUACAAAAUCUUAGAGAAAUGGAUCUAUCAUACAAUAACUUCACUGGAGAUUUACCAAGCUCAUUCGGAGAUCUGACUAAUCUCACUGGAUUGUUCUUGCAGAAUAAUAAAUUUACUGGCUCGGUAGCUUUUUUGGCUGGUCUCCCUCUAUCUAACUUGAACAUCCAAGAUAACAAUUUUAGUGGCGUAAUUCCAAGUCAGCUUCGAUAUGUAAAAAACCUUUGGAUUGGAGGGAAUAGAUUUCAGGUAGGAGAAAACUAUCCAGCCUGGGAUUUCCCUCUGGAAACUAUGCCCUCUGAGCGGAAUAUCAGUAGUCCCCCAACUACCAAGUCAAGUGCCAUUGAAAACUAUCCUCCUCGCAGAGUAGCUGGACACAAGAAGAAAAGACUAGGCCCGGGAGGAAUUGCCUUUAUGGUUGGUGGUGGAACUCUGGUGGCAACCUGUGCAGCACUCAUCAUUCUGAUACGCAUUCAGCGAUCUCGUACCCAAAAGCUCCCAAGUGUGGAGAUCGGUGAGGGCUCCCAGAAUUCUCCUCCACUCAGUACAGCAAGAGUUGAGAAUUUUUAUCAACAUUAUUCUUCUGCUGCACCGGAAGAGAGCCCACAGAUCUUUCCUAUUAGCUCUCCACCUGUGGCAUUGGUUGCUUCAAGCCUAAUACCAUCUGUUUGCCCCAGAACUGAAAAAUUGUCAAGAAGACGAAGUUUCAGUAAGAAGCACAUAAUCUCACUAAGUGCAAAAUUUUACACUGUGGCAGAGCUUCAGUCAGCAACAAACAGCUUCAGCGAAGAGAACCUUCUUGGAGAGGGAUCCCUUGGUUCUGUUUACAAAGCAGAGUUCCCUGAUGGACAAAUUUUGGCUGUGAAGAACAUUAAGACAGCCGCACUGUCUCUCAAUGAAGAAGAACAAUUCUUGGACGUGAUUCGUCGUACAGCCAGACUGAGGCACCCUAACAUUGUAGCACUUCUUGGAUAUUGUGUUGAGCAUGGACAGCAUCUCCUUGUGUACGAGUAUAUCAGAAAUUUGUCUCUUGAAUAUGCUUUGCAUUGUGAUGCUUAUAUGCCUCUGUCUUGGGGCCUCCGCAUCCGAAUUGCUCUUGGCAUAGCUCGGGCAUUAUCGUAUUUGCAUUCCACAUGCUUCCCUGCAAUCGCUCAUUGCAACUUAAAGGCUGCUAACAUCUUGCUUGAUGAAGAGCUUAUGCCUCGUAUUUGUGACUGUGGUCUAGCUAUUUUGAGGCCGCUUACGAGCAACAGUGUUAAAGUUAAGGCUUCCGAAAUGGCUCUGGGUGAUACUGUCUACAUUGCACCAGAGCAUGUUCACCAUGGAGAUAACAGCACGAAGUGUGACGUCUAUGCCUAUGGAGUGUUGCUUUUAGAGCUGUUAACAGGAAGGAGGCCUUUCGAUAGUUCAAGACCAAGGGAAGAACAAUCUUUGGUGAAAUGGGCUUCAUCUCGACUUCAUGAUAACGAGUCUUUGGAUGAAAUGGUUGAUCCAACCAUCAAAAGAACACUGUCCUCCAAGUGUCUCUCCCGGUUUGCUGAUAUUGUGUCCCUCUGUAUUCAGCCUGAGAAGGAAUUCCGGCCACCGAUGUCAGAAAUAGUGGAGCAUCUGACAAGCCUGUUACAAAGGGUGGGAACAGGGAAAAGCAACAUAGCGGAUACCAGUACCAGUGAAGCUGCUGACCCCUUUGACAAGUCCUUCCGUUCAACCCAAACUCGCUUCUUUGGCUCUCCUACUGUCAGCUUUAGGUCGGCCUGAUAUCAUAGAGCAAAAGCUAUGGAUGGAUUUGCCUUAAAUGUGUGUGUUGUUGUUUUUGAGCAUGAUGAUUUUGUAAUGUUAGUUCUGUGAUUCUCAGAGCAACAUAUCCAUUUGUCCAGUUCUCCACUUCAUGUAUUACAAACAAACAGUAUCUUUCUUGCACAACAGACUUGUGGUUCAUUAAUGUUCUUAA